UAUAAUAAUAAUAAUGUAAAUAUAAAUAAUCCAGUGUGUGAACUGAUUCACAUGACCAGAAGACGAGAAGAUACAUUGCUAAACAACUAAACGCUAAACUAGUAGGACAAUUUUAUAACAGAAUUACAACUUUGAGAUAAAGAAAAAGAAAUCUGUCAAAGAUGUCCAAAGCAACUCCGAACGUAUAUAUCAAUAAUAUCUUCGGGGAAGACGAUGGUGAAGACUAUGAAGACUGCUUUAGUCCUGAGGAACAAUCCGAUUACGAGGACGUGAACCCGAUUCCUAAAAGUAGCCCUUUUAAACUGAACCCGAUUCCUAAAAGUAGUCCUCUUAAACUGAACCCGAUUUCUAAAAGUAGUCCUCUUAAACUGAACCCGAUUCCGAAAAGUAGCCCUCUUAAGACCAACGUUAAUAUUUCACAUAAUAUAACCAACAAUCAGUCGUUACAAGAUAACCCACGGAGUCAAAAGAAGCAAGUUCCAUGGCGUUUGCUAUUAUUUAUUACUAGUAGUGUCUUGCUGAUCACAAUUAUCGUAUCCAAUGUGGUCACCUUCGUAACAACAAAAAACAAGUUCUUGGAAAAGAAAACAAGGCACCUAUUAUGCAGUUCACUCCCUUGUUUGAAUGGAGGUUUAUGUGUAAAUGUCGAAGGACUAUACUACUGUAGCUGUACUCGAGGUUUCUCUGGUAAAAACUGUGAAGUGACACCUUGUACCGGAUUUAACUGUUUAAAUGGAGGUGCAUGUGAAGUGUUGAAUGGCACGUUUCACUGUUUAUGCAAGUCUGGUUUUACGGGGAUGUUUUGUGAAGUUUCAGAACCGAAACCAUGCGUAUCAAAUCCCUGUUUCCAUGCUGCCUCCUGUACAGGUUCCGACAAUAAUUACAUUUGCCAUUGUCCUAUUGGAACUGAAGGCAAUCGUUGUCAAGAGGAAAUUAAUGCAGUGAUUACAUCCCAAAAUUAUCCAUUACCUUACACCGACAACAUUUAUAAAAUAUGGAAUAUUGAUGUGGGUAAUGGAAACACUGCCAAAAUUAAGUUUACUGCUUUUGAACUUGAAAAUGGAUCUGAUUUUGUAAAGAUAUAUAACGGACACUCAACAGGAUGCUGCUCCUUAGCUAAUUACACUGGUUAUACUCUCCCAAGUGAAAGGACAUCCACAGGAAGAUAUAUGACAAUUGUGUUUAAAACAGACCACUCUGUACAAAAGUCUGGAUUUCGUGCACUCAUUUAUAAUAUAACAUCAAAUUGAUCUUCAGAACACACGUACUUUGUCCGGUAGGACGAAUUCAACGAAAUGGUUAUGAUCAAGCAUGUUUCAACAUUGUGUCAAUGAAACCAUUUUAUUUGUUAUGGUACAUUUUGUUUUUUUUAGAAUAUUCUUUUCUGUUAUCAACUGUAACUGAGCAUGCU